UUUGAGUGGGCGUGGCAGCACCCUCGCUCCUCCAGGCGUCUGUCCCAUGUCUCCUGGCACUCCAGGAAAGAGUCCAGCCUGCAGUUCCACUGGCGAGUGGUGUCCAACAUGCUGCGGGUGGCGCCGUGGAACAGACUGCCGCUGACGGCCCGCUGGCUCAAACAGGAGUACAGGAUGGACUUUGAGCCCAGUCUGCAGCCGCCGCUGCACAUCCCUGUCGCUUUUGGAAGCGUGAGAGCCAAAAAGAAGCUGCCGCCGCAGUCUGCAGGAGAGGACGAGGAGACGUCCAGGUGCUCUCUCUGUAAAGGCCUGCUCAAGCAGGUUAACUUCAGGGUUUGGGAUCACAACUUGUCAAACCCCUGGCAUCUGACCAUCCAUGAAAAAAAGUGUCCUGGCAUGGACAAAAAGUCCUGAGUAACGG